AUGAUUCCAGACUGGACGAAUGAGUGGUCAGGUUCAGCGCACGACUUCGCCCGCGGCAGUCACGCUUCGUGGAGAACAGUAGGGAUAGGUCGGUUAACGGCCUCGAGGUUGCUGGAAGGGCCCGGUCUGGCGCGGCCAGAACGUCGUAGCGUGAAGAUCUUCUCGGUCGCCGCGACGAACGACCUCGUUGGUCCGGGCGAGAUCUACCAGACCGUCAUUGCUGCCCGACACGAGAACAUCCUCGGAUUCAUCGGCCGCCGAAACAAGGGAGGUGGCCGCCAGCCAACAGACAACAGCGGUCUCGCGCACCUGCACAUGGAGAUCGUAGGCACCCAGGGUAAGCCGGCGAUCGCUCACCGCGACGUGAAGAGUAAGAACAUCCUCAUCAAGAACGGCACCUGCUGCAUCGCCGACCUCGGCCUCGCAGUCUGCCACGACUCCGUCACCGACACGAUCAACAUCUCGCAGAACAAUCGCGUCGGCACAAAGCGCUACAUGGCGCCCGAGGUACUCGAUGAGACGAUGAACAUGACUCACUUCGACUCGUUCAAGCGUGCGGACGUUUACUCGUUCGGCCUUGUGCUGUGGGAGAUCGCCUGGCGCACCAAAGUACAAGGCAUCUGUGAGGACUACCAGCUGCCGUACUACGACAUGGUUCCCCCCGACCCCACGCUGGAGGAGAUGAGGAAGGUCGUGUGUCAGGACAAGCUGCGGCCAUCCAUACCCAACCGCUGGACACAGAACGAGGCAUUGCGGGUGAUGGCUAAGCUGAUGAAGGAGUGCUGGUACCAGAACGGCGCUGCCCGCCUCAGCAUGCUGCGCAUCAAGAAGACCCUCGCUAGCCUCGGGUUCAACGAGGACGUCAAGUUUAAGUAGCGCCCUCUGCUGGCGGGCAAGGGAUCGAUCGAGUAGCGCCCCCUGCUGGCGGACCGACGCGUUUUUCGUCUCGCCGUUUUUUGUUCGUCGCCGGAAGUUUCUCCGCCUCUUUCUAUCUCUCUCUGCCAUCGUCGUGGCGACCGUGGAACAGGAGGAAGAGGAGGAGGAGGAGGAGGGAGAGAUGUCUGUUCAACAACGACGCUUCACACGUUAUUCAAGGAACGAACAAAGUCUGAUGACUUGCUCUCGAUUGGAGGACAGAUGUAUAGCUAUACAUAUAUAUAUACAUAUAUAAAUAUGCGUGUAUGUUUAUAUAUAUAUAUAUAUAGGCAUAUACGCAUAUAUACAUAUAUAUAUAUACAAUAUAUAUAUUAAUCAGUGUAAUUAGUAGUGAGCAUUUGUAGAAGGGUGUUGUUGUGCGCGCGGACGCGGGCUGCUUGGUGUGAAGAUCCUAUCACCACAUGUCGGCAUGUAUUCGUUGGCUGGACCUUAACUCUUGUUGUCAGUUUAUAGUAGUGUGCGCGCGUGUGUGUGUGUGUGUGUGUGGCAUAUGAUGCACAGACAUUUUUGCGUUUUACUGUGAAGAAGAAGACUAGGAGGAAGAAGAAGAGCAAGAAGGAGACUAGGUUAAGGCGUAACGUAGGUGUAAUUUUCGUACGUAGUCGUAGGUACGAAGGUCCAUAUUUAUCCAGCUUCCCGCGGCGUUCUUUUCUUUUUCGCGGCGCGCGUGUAUCUUACGUUGUUGUUUGCAGCUUUUUGCAGUCGUACUUGUGAAACAAGUGAACGUUUUUAAUCGCGCGCACAGCGCGUAGCUUACCCGCCUCGCUCGCUAGAUGCGGAUUCCGGCAACCGGUCGAUCCGCCGUUAGUUUCCCCCGCCGCCCGUAGAUGGCUCCACGCGCUCGCGAGUGACGGGGCGUCGAGCCGACGUUGGCCCCACCGGCCGGGAGUCGCAGCGCGCGACGGCGGGGGAGAAAUUGUACAGUGCUGUGGCUACUAUAUGUUGUGUUAUGCGGCCCGCCAGUGUAGUGCGGCGGCCGCUGCGGCAUCUGCAUCGCUUGGCUGUGAUAGAAUUUAAUCUCACUGUUAUAUCUCGUGCGUGCUACGUCUACUACUACUACUACUACUACUAGUACUCUUACUACUACUACUAUUACUACUAGUACUACUACUACUACUACUACUACUACUACUACUACUACUACUCUCUCUCGUGUUAGUACUACGGGUGUUUUUAGUGUAUGAGGGAACGCCUCGUGUUUUAUUCGCGCGAUCGCGCGGGUGGAGAGUAGUUUUGAGGGACUCACGGAUCAA